UUAGUUACUCGCCAACAACCGCCGUGUAAAGAUCUCUGAAAUGCUAUUGCCGCCAUAAGAAAAUACACAGAAAACCAAGUUAUACCUAAAAAAAACAAUUGCAUAAAUAUUAAGAAAAAAAGAGAAAAUUAUUUAUACACGGAACGAGUAAUUGAAUGCAAUUCAUUUAAAUAUGACCACUCAAAUAGAGGGUACUAAGAGAGAGUUUAUCGAUUUGCGCAUUCCCAUGCCGUGGGGCUUUAUAGUCGGAAGAUGGUAUGGCAAUCGCAAUGUGAGACCCAUAUUGGCGCUGCAUGGCUGGCUGGACAACAUGGGUACAUGGAAUACACUCAUACCACUGCUGCCCGAGCACUUGGGAAUUCUCUGCAUUGAUCUGCCGGGUCAUGGUCUAUCACCAAAGUUACCACGAGGCAUUGUCUAUCAUGCCGUCGACUAUGUUUGUGUCAUUCUACGCAUUAUGGAUGAGUAUCGUUGGGAUAAGGUGUCGAUUUUGGCUCACUCCAUGAGUUCUAUGAUCUCAUUCAUCUUUGCCUCACUCUAUUCGGAUCGCCUGGAUAUGCUGAUUAGCAUUGAUAUUGUGCGUACACGAUAUCGCAAUCCUAGCACUCAAAUCUCCUUCAUACACAAUCAUAUUGAAAAGUAUCUGGUGGAGGAUGAUCGCCUGCAAUUGGCCAAUCAAAUGGAACCUCCGGCCUAUACGCGCGAACAGCUGCUGCAGAUAAUGUAUGAGGGCACCGAGCGCUCAGUGUCUUUGGAGAAUUGUCAUCACAUUUUGAAUCGAAAUAUUACCAAAUCCACCAAAUAUCCGGACAAAUAUUAUUUUUCCCGUGAUGGUCGGGUGAAAUACUACUUUGAAUUCACCACCUCGCCACCAUUUGCCGCUGAGUUGGCUCGUAAAAUUCGCAAUGUACCCUACUGCGUCAUUAAGGGUUCCCAAUCGAAUUUCAUCGAUGAACAGAGCGACGAAGUCAUUGAGAUAUUGAAGAGCAAUAACCCACACUUUGAGUUCCAUGAAGUUGAGGGCACCCAUCAUGUUCACUUGAAUAAUCCCCAGGAGGUGGCUGCCAUACUCAAUCCAUUUAUCCAUAAACAUAGGCCACCAAUGGCAGAGGAUGGAGUGGUGGGCGAGACUAUGGACCAAGAAAACGCCAAGGCCAGAAAGAGAAAAAGUAAAUUAUGACUAUUGUCGGAUCAUGUGAUGCAAAAGAACGGCCACGGACUGUGGUAUGCCAUUUGGAACCAUUGGGGUACCUUGGGAGGUUAUAAAUAAUUGUGAUCGGAACAGAAAGCAAUAAGGCUAUGAAAUGUUGCUACCAAAUUUUUAAUGUUAAAAAAAAGUUAAUUUUUGUUAAAAUAAUUCUAUAAGCAUUUAUUUUAGAGAAAUAUCCAAGCUUCAGCAGGCUCCUUAUCUUACGGCUAUUAAAUCUAUUAUAACUUGUUGUUAGUUUUAAGAUAGAUUAAGAUUUAAAAGUUUGUACACAAAAAAUAAGAAGCUAUUCCUUCAUACAUGCUCAUAAA